AUGAUUAUCUUCACUGACGUUCUUUCCGGAGAUGAGCUCUGCUCCUCCACCUUCGAGAUUGCCCCCGCCAAGGACUGCCCUAUCCUUCUCGAGACCGACUGCCGCAAGUACCUCAAGCGCAAGAACGAGGACUUCGCUCUCGAGGGUGCCAACCCCUCCGCCGAGGAUGCCGAGGAGGAGGGUGGUGAGGGCGAGUCCACCAUGGUCCACGACAUUGAGGACCAGUUCCGCCUUGUCUGGCUCAAGGAGGACGAGGGUCUCAAGCCCUCCAAGAAGGACUUCACCUCUCACCUGAAGUCCUACGUCAAGAAGCUCCUCAAGAAGCUCGAGGAGAACAACGCCCCCGCCGAGGAGAUCGCUCUCUUCAAGGCCAACGCCGCUGGCGCUCUUAAGAAGAUCUCUGGCAACUACGACAACUACGAUGUCAUGAUGGGCGAGUCCAUGGACGGUGAUGCCAUGCACGUCCUGAUUGACUUCCGUGAUGACGGUGUCACCCCCCCUAUGCUACCCUCUGGAAGCACGGUCUCAAGGAGACCAAGGUCUAAGCCAAGCAAUUAG